AUGGUGUCAGCGGGGUGGGCUGUGAUAGCUACAGUCCUUAGCAUUGCUGAUGUUCUUCAUGCCUUUGCUAUUAUGGAAAAAGAAGAUGUGUUCAAGAAGAAUCCUUGCCCAGCUUUCUUGAUGUUUGAGAAUGCUGCUUAUUUGGCUGAUAUGAGUUUUGAAUUGCCCUGUAAGUGUAAGCCAGAAGAAAUAACUACUGUAGUUUGGUACUUUCAAAAAAGCAUGGGCAAUCAGCAAACUAAGGUUUUGACAGAUUUUGACGGCACUUUGAUAGUAGAUUCACGCCACAUCAAGGUAGGCAGUGACAUGCUUCGUCGUUUUAGCAUUAGGAUGUUCAGUCUCAUUGUCUUCCGGAUUCAAGUGGAAGAUUCAGGGCAUUAUAUUUGUGGUACAAAGAAAGGGGAUUUCUUCUAUGGUUAUGAUAUAGAUGUACAGCCUUCAAGGAGAAUAGCUGUUGCCUUUGCAGAUGAAGGACAGCAUCCACAGAAUGACCUCCAUGAAACAAAUUUCACGGUCUUCACCAUUUUCUGGGACUGGACUAAAUGCAACCGCUGUGAUGUCAGAGGUGAGCAACGGAGAAUUGGGCUUUGCUAUGUAAAGAGUUCUUCUCUGUUCAAACGGUACCAUACCACUUUAGAAGAGGUGGCAUCUUGUGGCUCAAAGUCAGUCCCAAAGAAUUUCUUUUAUGGUAUUCAGAUGAGAAAGCCUGAGGUUGUAAUACGAAGUUGCAUGGUAUCUUGUAAGGGGGAGAUACCUUCAAAUGAAGGAGAAGCACCCAUUUCAAACAUUAUCUCAAAGCUUGGAGAAAAACCUUGGGUUUCCAACAUCCCUAUUCAAUUCCACAAGCAGUCCCUUGGCAGAGGAUUGAUCAUUACUUGCCCUGGUGCUAGGCCAGAGCAUGCUGUUGCCUGGGAUAAAGAUUCAACCCGAUUAUAUCUCAGUAGAUUUCUCACUGGGGUUAACAAGACCAUGAGGGUCUUCAUUGACCAUGGAAAUCACCUCCACAUUCGGUUUACCCAGAUGAAUGACAAAGGUAUUUAUUACUGCUGGCGAGAAGGAGAAAUAGUUGCUGGAUUCCGGCUAUCUGUAUUAUAUGAAAGUCGCCACAGACGAAGCUUUGAUGAUCCUGAAAGUCAGUAUGCUAUUAAGGCUAUUAUCACAAGCUAUGUGCUCAUCACCAUCUUCUUUACUGCCAUUCACAUUGUUCGCUGUUGCCUCUAUGUGUUUAAAUGUACAGCUAUGGAAUAGCAUCUCAAGAAAAUGACCAUAAUGGCCUAAUAAGUGAUGAUGAUUAUUUGUCUCAAAAGUUAUCUGAUAAUUAAUUGAUCAACUGUUUCUUUAUCAAUUAAGUAUUUCAGUUUAAGAACACUGUAGAACUCUCACUGAAGCUAAAUUUCAGCUCUCUUAAAUAUGAGAGCUAACAUACAAUGAGUAAGCAACUGUUAACAAAAG